AUGUUUAUUCGAUUGCUUAUUGUUUUUUGUUUCAUUUUCAUAAGCUAUUUAUUGGCUUCUUGUCCUUAUAUUCGUACAUCAGUUAUCUUAGCUGAAUGUGUACUUGAUACAAGUCUGUAUUUAUCACUUGGUGCACAUAUUUUUAAUUCACAUUCAAUUGAUUUUAUUGGACAUUAUUCAUUUAAUAAUAAUAAUACAACUGACAAUUUUAUUAGUAAUACACUUAUUUAUAAUUUAAGCAAUCGUUGGGUAUUACUUAUACCUUUAUUACUCAAGUGUGCUCAUCAACCUAUUAAUUUGACAUUUACAGAAUGUCAAUAUACUAUGCGACCAAAUAAAUAUCCAAGUAAAUCACCAUCAAUUACGGAAUAUAUGACAACAUAUUUAAGUGUUAAUAAUAUUACUGAUCUUGGUAUGCAAUCCGUUCUUUAUUUGCAACCAGGCGAUAUAACUCUUCGUUCAUGUAAAGCUUUUGAUUGUUCUAAACAACUUGUUUAUUUAACAGCAUCUAAUGAAACAUUUAAUUUUAAAAUCGAUUAUGAAAAACCUAUUGGAACAAAAUGUCAAUCCGAUGAAGAUUGUAGUAAUCGAUAUUCUCUAACAAAUCUUAUUCAAUGUGAUCAAAUAUCUCAAACAUGUCAAUGUUUUAAUGAGAAUAUUACAACUAUUGAUAUAUCAAAUGUAGGACGUUUAUGUACUGAUUCAAUAGAUCGAAGUAAUUGUACAAAAUUUCCUCAACGUUGUUUACAAUGGUGUAAUGAAAGUAAAACAUCUCAUUGUAUUUGUCCAAAAUAUACACGUAAAGUGAGAAAAGUUAAUGGAAUAUUUGAUUGUGAAUUAGAACCAACAGGUAUUUGUCGAUUUAAUGAUGAACAAGAUAUUGGAUUAAAUAUAAGAAAAUGUCCUACAGGAACUUAUUGUAAUGGUAAUCGUUGUCGACCAUUAUCAAUAUCACGACAAAUUUAUGAUUAUUUACCAAAUGAAUCUUCUUUAACAUCAACUACAUCUAUGUUUGAUAUAUUUUCUUCAACAACAAAACAAAUUUAUCCACCACCAAUGAGUUUUUUUCGUACAUUAAUUAUUGUUGCUAUUGCAAGUCUUUUAUUUUUUAUAUUUAUUGUAUUUAUUAUUGCAAUACUUAUUAAAUCACAUCGAUUUCGUGUAUCAUCAUUUUCUGAAGAUAAAAUAUCAUCAUCAUCAUUUGCACCAUCAAUAUCAACAGCUAUUUCAACAGAUCUUUCGAAUGAUAUCUAUCAAUUUAAACAGCAACAACCAAAUGUAUCACUUGAUUAUUCAAGACGUUAUGAUAAUUAUUUAACAACACGAUCAACAUUUAUUCAUGGAAUUGUUCCACAAGCAAAUUUAUCACCAAGAUUCUAUCGACAAUAUCAAGGAUUUGAUGAACGACGACGACGUCGACGUGCACCAUUACAAAUAGAAUCACCAUCCUUAUCAUCUAUUGAUCAUGAAUUAUUAACAACGAAAAAAUAUAUUCAUAAUAAUAAUACAAAAACUCGAACUCAUCUACCAAUAGUAACACAUUUACACAAUGGAGAUGUUCUUAUUUCAGCGUAA